AUUGUUAUUGAUACAUUGACACUGGCGCAUGGUUCAAGGUAAUAUGUAUAUGUAAAAGAAGAAAAAAAAAAAGGAAUAACAUCGACGGAUUACUACUCAUUUUGUUGAUUCUUUGUUGUCUGUUAGGUAUCAGAAUAGUGGUCUAUACAGUCAAAUGUCGGAUGGUCAUCAUUAGUUUAUACUUAGCUUUUGGUCAGACGAAGAUCAUGGUGUAUUGAUCUUUGUUUGUUUACGGGCAAUGGACUUGGUCGAGGAUGAUCAGUCUCUAGAAUCGUUUAUGAAUGUAGUGACUGAAUUUUGUGCUCAAGUAGGUGGAGGGCAAAAUGCAACACGUAGGAAAUUCAGUUAUUGUCUGUUGAUCGUGUUGUUUCUUCCUGGAGUCCUUGUUAAGUCCUGACAUUUGCGGUAUUUGGUUUGGAAAGAUCAUUGAGGAUCAUAUCAAUGACUGAUAGUGGAGCGCUAUACGUAAGACGAUACAACUAUCUUUCUUGAUGAUCUGAAAUUGUCUGAUAUCUGCAUUUGGCAAUCCUUUAUUUCUCUCCGAGCAACUUUACGAUGACAUUCGAUUUACUGGUGGUACAAAACGUCUGAUGGUGCAGCCAAGGUAACUUGUACAUAGAAAAAAGAAAAGAAAAAGAAAUAAACAUUGAUGGAUUACUACUCAUUUUGUUGAUUUUAUUUGUAGCUUGCUAGAUUAUCGUCUAUACAAUAAAGGUGAUACAAACAUCCAAUGAUAUAGCCAAGGUAACAUUUAUAU